UGGCAAUCAGCGCCACGAGUGUUGUGCAGAAGAAACACCUUCCGGAUUCCCGUGCAAUCCUUAAUGUGGUUGUUUUUCCAAUUUUCCACGUGUAUUUAGUGCAGAAAUGGCUAUUUUAAGUAUCUUCAGGCUCCCUCUUGCUCUUCGGAGUGUUCGCUGCGGGAAAUCGGUGGUAAUUAACAAUUCAAAGUUCUUUUCAUCUCAUGCAAAAUUUGCCGAACACAAGCCUCUGGAGAAGAUUCGGAAUAUUGGAAUUUCAGCACAUAUUGAUAGUGGGAAGACAACACUAACGGAGCGGAUACUCUUCUACACCGGCCGGAUAGAGCAAAUGCAUGAGGUGAAGGGGAAGGACAAUGUGGGCGCUACUAUGGAUUCAAUGGAGCUUGAGCGACAACGUGGGAUUACCAUUCAAUCUGCAGCAACGUACACACUGUGGAAGGAGCAUAAUAUCAACAUAAUUGACACACCGGGUCACGUGGACUUUACAGUGGAAGUUGAAAGAGCUCUCCGGGUUCUGGAUGGUGCAAUCCUCGUUCUGUGCGCCGUGGGUGGUGUGCAAAGUCAGACACUCACUGUCAAUAGGCAGAUGAAGCGCUACAACGUACCCUGCCUGGCAUUCAUCAAUAAACUCGAUCGCAUGGGAGCUAAUCCCUAUCGUGUGCUGCACCAGAUGCGCUCUAAGUUGAAUCACAAUGCAGCCUUUGUUCAGCUGCCCAUUGGCUUGGAGUCUGCAUGCCAAGGAGUCGUUGACAUUGUGAGGAAUGAGGCUAUUUACUUUGAAGGAGAUUUUGGGAUGAAGAUACGACGGGAUGAAAUUCCUCAGGAUAUGCGAACAGAAGCUUCGGAGAAGCGUCAAGAAUUAAUUGAGCACCUCUCAAAUGUCGAUGAUACCCUCGGGGAGCUCUUCCUCGAGGACAAAGGAGUCACAGUUGAGGACAUAAUGGGAGCCAUACGAAGAAGCUGCCUGAAGAGGAAGUUCACUCCAGUUUUUGUUGGGACAGCCCUCAAAAACAAGGGGGUUCAACCACUGCUGGAUGCUGUCCUGGAUUACCUCCCAAAUCCCGGAGAAGUUGAGAACACGGCGCUCGUUGAGGUGGAGGGAAAACCCACUGAGAAGAUUAUUCUCAAUUCCGCUCGAGACGAUUCAAAUCCCUUCGUUGGAUUGGCUUUCAAGCUCGAAGCUGGACGUUUUGGGCAAUUAACCUACCUCCGGUGCUACCAGGGAUGCCUCCGGAAGGGUGAUAACAUCUACAACACUCGUACAAGUAAGAAGGUUCGCAUUGCUCGGCUUGUGCGUCUCCACUCAAAUCAAAUGGAAGAUGUCAAUGAAGUAUUUGCCGGAGAUAUUUUUGCCCUAUUCGGUGUGGAUUGUGCCAGUGGGGAUACCUUUGUGGUGAACCCCAAGCUGCCACUCUCAAUGGAAUCCAUCUACGUACCCGAUCCCGUGGUUUCCAUGUCAAUUGUACCCAAUAAUGCCAAGGAUCGGGAUAAUUUCUCAAAAGCCGUCGCGCGGUUCACCAAAGAGGAUCCCACAUUCCACUUUCACUUUGAUCCGGACGUCAGGGAGACUCUUGUCUCGGGCAUGGGGGAGCUACACUUGGAGAUCUAUGCGCAGCGCAUGGAGCGUGAGUACGGAUGCCCAGUGACGCUCGGGAAGCCAAAGGUGGCCUUCAGGGAGACCCUCGUUGCCCCGUGCCCCUUUGACUACCUCCACAAGAAGCAAUCCGGUGGUCAGGGGCAGUAUGGACGUGUCAUUGGGAUCAUGGAACCCCUCCCGCCAACAAACAACACCGUUCUGGAGUUUGUGGAUGAAACAAUUGGCACGAAUGUACCAAAACCGUACAUUCCGGGCAUUGAGAAGGGUUUCCGGGCAAUGGCGGAGAAGGGAUUGCUCACUGGGCAUCGACUAUCGGGCAUAAAGUUCCGCCUGCAGGAUGGUGCGCAUCACAUUGUGGAUUCCAGUGAGUACUCCUUCUUCCUGGCUGCUCAGGGAGCUGUCCGGGAGGUCUUUGAGAAUGGCUCAUGGCAAAUCCUCGAGCCCAUUAUGUUCGUUGAGGUUACAGCUCCGGAGGAAUUCCAAGGAGCCAUCCUGGGACAACUCAGCAAGCGUCAUGGCAUCAUCACGGGCACAGAUGGCAAUGAAGGGUGGUUCACGACGUACGCUGAGGUCCCGUUGAAUGACAUGUUUGGCUAUGCUGGAGAAUUGCGAUCCAGCACACAGGGCAAGGGUGAGUUCACAAUGGAGUACUCAAGGUAUGCUCCAUGCCUGCCGGAGGUGCAGGAGAAACUCAUUCAGGAGUACCAACGAGCGCAGGGCGUUGGAACUGAUGAGAGGAAAAAGAAGAAAAAUUGAGAAAAUUGUAAAAUUAAAUUUAAAUAAAAAGAAUUCUCCAAAUUAA